AUGGACUGUAACUGCGUCAGUGAUCUGCUGCUCCCCCCGGUGCCCGCACUCUGGACGCCAGGGUUCGCCUUCCCAGACUGGGCCUACAAGCCUGAGUCGAGCCCCGGCUCCAGACAGAUCCAGCUGUGGCACUUCAUCCUAGAGCUGCUGCAGAAGGAAGAGUAUCAGGGGGUGAUCGCAUGGCAGGGAGACUACGGCGAGUUUGUCAUCAAGGAUCCAGACGAGGUGGCUCGGCUGUGGGGGAUAAGGAAAUGCAAACCUCAUAUGAACUAUGACAAGCUGAGCAGGGCACUGAGGUAUUACUACAACAAGCGCAUUUUGCACAAAACUAAAGGGAAACGUUUCACCUACAAGUUUAACUUCAGUAAGGUCGUGCUGGUGAACUACCCCAUCCUGGACAUGGCCAACUCUCCCUUCUUCCUGGCCCAGAAUCACUUCAAUGGCGGCUCCACCGCACCAGACUGCACCCCAGAGGCCAUACAGUCCCUGUUUCCCCGCUUGCCAGACUCCGGCAGAGGAACAUCCCUGUUUGAUCGAGGGACCACGGCACCGGGGCCUGAAGGAGACAAGCUGAGACUGGACACAUUCCCUUUCCUCAGUUCAGGUGCCCCAUGCUACUCCAAACCCCCGUCCCUGCUGGGCCCGUACCCUCGCAACCCACCCUUUGACUACCCCUGGGGCUUCAACCCCUACCUCCCAGGGGCCUUCUCUCUCAAUAACUGCCCCAAACUGCCCCCUGGCUCCCUCUACCCCUCCCAGUUUUACCCCAACCCUUUGCAGAGCAGCCUUUCCCAGCUGCCUCACCCCUUCUCCUCCCUGCUCCCCCCAGGGGAAGCAGGUGGGGGUGAGAGGGGAGCAUCGGGGCAAACUGGAGGGACGAACGGCACAGCGGGUGGUCAGCCAGCCAGACUCUGCCUGCCACCCUACCCAGGGAGCCUGUCGAUGGCUCGGACGGACAUUGGCAACGGGGCGACACUUGGGGAAAGGGAAAGGGUGGAGACCAAUCCUCCUGGCACGGGGCUGAGCCUGGGGCUUGGAGCGGUCGGGCUGGGAUCCGGGACUGGGACAGACCAACAGAGCCCCACAGAGAGGAGGGGGGGGGUGAAGCAGGACCCGGAGUCGGACUCAGACCUGGAGAUCACAGAUCUGAGCGACUGCAGCUCGGAGAAUGAAAACGAGCAUGAAUUUGGCAUCGGGAAGGAAUCCAGCCUGGCAAACCGAUCACAGAUUGUGUUGGAUGGAAAGAAAGGGAGCGUGCUGCCACCCAUCUCCUCGCUCCCUCCAACAGUGUCUCCACAUCCUCUGAAGAGCCUGAUUCCCAUCACUCCUCCUCCGCCCUCCCUGGCUCCGUCGCUCUCCCCUUCCAUGGCUCUGCAUGAAAGACACAGGGAGACAGAGACUCUCAAAAUGAUACACAGCUAA